AUGAUUGCUAUACCGGCUGGAACAAUGGAUAGGUUUGGUUUGGCGCCUCCAAAGUUCAAACCGGGGUUCUUCGUUGACCACCGAAAGGGCGAGGUUGGCGAACUACGUCUAUUGCUACGAAAGAUGGCAACUGACUACAAGUCUUCAUCGUCUUUAAAUGAAUACGCAAACUCUGACAACAAUGCAAAGUGUCGAGAAAUUCUGAAGCGUCUUAUAAGGUGUAUGACCCUUGGAAUGGAUGUCUCUCGGCUUUAUACGGAUGUAGUUAUGAUAUCGCAUACAACUGACCCCGUACAAAAGAAAAUGAUAUAUAUGUUCCUUUCAACAUACAGUAAGGAUAACCCAGAUCUCACUGUCCUCACCAUCAAUACACUGCUUAAGGACGUUGAGAACGUCGACCCAGUGAUUCGGUGUUUGGCAAUUCGUAAUAUAUCGGCUUUUGACACAAAGCUGUCAAAUGAUUACGCAAAAAAUGUUGUACUGAAGAAGUUGCAUGACCCUUCUGAUGCGGUGAAACGUUCUGCCAUUAUAGGCAGUUUACGUAUUUACAAAUCACAGUGCGCAAUCGCCAAAAAGGAGAGAUUGGAGGACGUUACGUGUGAAGAGUAUAGGUCUGACAUUUUGCAACAUUUACAGUCCUCUGUGAAGUCACUAAAUCUUGACGUCAUGUUCGACUCGUUGUGCAUAUAUAGUGAGAUGAUAGAACCCGAGGAUGAUUUAAGACUGACUAAGCCCAGCGUAGUGUACCUAAUCAAUCGCAUAAAGAAGAUGAACGAGUGGCAACAGUGUCUCACCUUGAAACUGCUGCAGACCUAUAUACCUGUUGGUGAUGAGUUAUUUGACCUUUUGAACUUGCUUGACGAUCUUUUGAAUUGUACAUCGACGGCUGUCUUUUUGGCAACUGCUAAGUGUUUUUUGACUUGGACAGCACACGACGACAUGUUACAGUUGGAGGUUAUUCGUCGCCUGCAAAUCCCCAUGAUUGCGCUUCUAUCACAAUCAUGCAAUGAAAUUGCUUACAAUAUUCUUCUAAAUACAUUACUGAUCGUGGUUAACGCUCCUCAACUGGAGGAUGUAGGCACCGAUUCAAACGGCGCUGAAGCGACCCACAAGUUACCUUUCGCGGACCAUUACGAGGUGUUCUUCUUUCGGUAUGAUGACCCGUCUUACAUCAAACAUGUGAAACUGAAUCUGCUGGUUGCCAUAGCUUGUGAGGAAAACUCUUUAGAGAUCUUAAACGACCUCAAUGAAUACGUAUCGGACACUAAUCACGAUAUAGCAGCAAAAUCUGUGAAGGCAAUGGGUAUAAUUGCAUUGAAAGCACCGGGACAUUUGGAGACGAUAAUAUCUCAGAUUUCGGUCGUCUUUAGUUUGCGGAUCCCCUAUAUCAUAAGCGCUGCAUUGUACGUCGUCAAAGCUUUACUACGGGUCUACCCAGCCGCUUCAAACAAGCUGCUGCAGAUAGUUGAGGAUCAUAGGGGCUACAUUAAAGAGCCCCAAGCGCUAUCGUACUACAUAUGGAUACUAGGGGAAUACGGCGGUGUUGUCGAACACGCGCCUUACACAUUGGAAGACAUCAUCGAGAUGCCUGAAAGCCUUGAAAUCACCAAGGAACUCCUUUGCGCUUCCGUGAAACUUUUUUUCACGAGACCCCCUGAAAUGUAUAACGCAAUACGUCGACUAUUUUGCAAGAUCAUAAAUGAGAGUCAGGACCCCGACCUCAUAGGUAUGGCAAGCUUCUACUACGCAAUGCUUUCUACGGACAUCGAAAUGGCACAAAAGAUUGUGAUGGCCGAGUCUCAACAGGACUUCACUUCGAUGCUGGAGAACUCAAUGGUCGAUUUGGGUAUUUCUCUACCAAGUGCUAAUUGGCGCGAAACGUUCAACAGUUUCGAUCUGUUUGAAGAUGUUAGGCCUCAGGGAAAGCCACCGUUAAGGUUUUUCCCAUAUUCUUACGGCGAUGUUGAUACCGACAUUUUCACCUCGUCAGCCACAUCUGACGUUCAUACUACAGACCGUGACGAUUGUGCGGAAUCCGUGCAUUCAUAUGCUGAGGAUACGACGUUAGAAGUCAAUUCAACGAAUGGGAGUUCAUUUGACAUGACGCUUGACGACUGUCUGGGUCCUCUUAAAUUGGUGGUACCUAGUACCUUACUAUCUGAGGAAUAUCAAAAGAAUUGGUUUGAAUGCGAUUUAAUUUGUCAGAGCACAGACGAAGUUGUUUCUGACAUUAAGGACCUGAAUAUCGAACCACUCGAAGAUAUGCUUUUCGACGUCCAUAUCGCAACGCUUGCGUCAGGGAGAAACCACGGAGCUACGAAGAUGUAUCAAUACGCACAGAAUUCGGACGGGUAA